AUGAAACUUAUGCGGUGGUUAGGAGCAAGUGUGUCAAAUUCAAGUGAACCUCUGUUCGAUAUAACGGCUGAAUAUGCUUUACGAAAGAAUAAAAUGAACCUUACCGAAACUGAGUGGAGCAAACUUCUGCUGGAACCAUAUCGAUACAACUGGAUAGUUCUUCCUAAUGACUACUGUACUGAAAGAUACCCACAUAUAAAGAUCUUAAUAGUUGUUUAUACCGCUCCUGAAAAUUUCAAAGCUCGAGCAGCUUUACGUUUUAUGUACAAAGAUAAGUUUUAUUCAGAGCUUGGUGUCGUGAUUCUGUUUUGUAUUGGAAAAAGCACAAGUAAAGCAGUGUACAUAAGAGUGCAAAAUGAGGCUAGCACUUGGAAUGAUAUAAUUCUGCAAGACUACUGGGACGUUUACGAAACUUUAUCUUAUAAGGUAUAA